AUGGCCGCAGUCAAACCAACACAGUCGGAGCUGCCGACUUUCUCGCCCAUUGACUAUGCAAAGUUCUUUGGAGCAGGCGCCCUCGCGGCGACCUCGACCCAUGGUGCCGCGACGCCCAUCGACGUCGUCAAGACGCGCAUCCAGGUCGACGAUGCCAUGAAGGGCCUUAACAUGGUCAAGGCCGGCCGCACCAUCGUCGCCAAGGAGGGCGCGUCAGCGCUGCUGACCGGCUUCGGCCCCACCGCCGUCGGCUACCUCGUCCAGGGCGGCGGCAAGUUCGCCGGCUACGAGUUCUUCAAGAAGCAGUUCAUCACCGUAGCCGGCGGGCCCGAGCGCGCCGUCGACAGGCGCACCGCCAUCUACCUCGGCGCCAGCGCCACCGCCGAGUUCUUCGCUGACAUCCUGCUGUGCCCCCUCGAGGCCACCCGCAUCCGCCUCGUCUCCCAGCGCGGCUACGCCUCCGGCCUCGCCCCCGGCUUCGCCCGCCUCGCCCGCGAGGAGGGGAUCAAGGGCUUUUACUCGGGCUUCGUGCCCCUGCUGUUCAAGCAGGUCCCCUACGCCGUCGGACAGUUCUCCGUCCACGAGGCCGCCGUCGAGUUCAUCUACCGCACCAUGGGCCCCGAGCGCAAGGCCGCCAUGACCCAGCUGCAGUCCACCGGCGUCGAGCUCGCCUCGGGUAUCGUCGCAGGCGUCGCUGCCGCCGUGCUCUCUCACCCGGCCGACACCCUGCUGUCCGCCAUUAAUAAGGGCGCCGGCGACCCGAAGCAGGGAGCCACGAGCCGCAUGAUCCAGCUCGCCAGGGAGUUCGGCCCCAAGCGUCUGCUGCUGACCGGCUUGGGUCCCCGUAUCGUCAUGACCUGCGGCCUGGUCGCUGGCCAGUUCGUCAUUUACGCGCAGUGCAAGACCCUGGUCGGCGCGCCGGCCGGUAUCGAGAUUCACAAGGAGGAGUCGUUGUAA